AUGUGCAUGCCAAGCUAAGCCAGAACGCCUGCCUGCAGUCCAGGAUAAUCGACAGCGCCUGGGCAACAAAAGGAGCCACUCAUCGAACAGAGAUAUACCAGGAUUAGCUGCCUCCCGGCACUUUUGGUCGAUCAGCCGCAUCGCAAUUGGCCGCCUCGUGGCUACCCCGCAAGAUCCCUGCACGCAUGCUAAAGCCGCCAUAUGGAGACGACAGUUCCAUACACGACUGGAGCCGAACAUCUGAGCUUCAAUAUGCGACGGUUUGACAUGCAAUGGCUCGACAUAUGAUACGAUAAUCUUGCCAUGGGCUCGCUACUCGUCACCAUGGUGUCAGGCCUGGCUGCAGCACUGCUCGUUGAGAGUUGAGACAUGUGCUGACUGUAAAGGUCGAAGACUACAUAAGAUAUAUAAACUCAUGCUUGCCGUCUCCUGGAUUGAACCGUGUUUUCUUGGGUCAUCAACAGUCUUCAGCAUAUUCAAAAUGAAGCCCUCCAGCCUUCUCAGCGCCCUAUUCAUCAGUUCGACCCUCGCUACACCCACAUUCGCUCCCCCAGAACCUCUUCACCCACGCCAACUUCUCUCCGGUAACCCGACGACGGACCUCACCGAGGUCGUCAAGCUCGCUACCGCUCUCAACAAGCUUCUGACAGGCGACAACAUCGAUCAUAUCAACAACCUGCUCAACAAGCUCGACACCCUUCUCAAUGUGGCAAACCUAGUCAACCUCGAUGUCAUCAUCGACGGCGGCGCCUUGCUCUUGCAGAAGGAGGUCGUGACUCAAAUAAUUGCCCUCAUCCAGUUGCUUACGAACCUGCUGAACGCCAACGUCGUAGGCCAGAUCCAAAAGGUUCUCCCUGCAGUACUGGGCCUUCUUGACCCGACGUUCGUCAAGCAGUUGCAGACUCUCCUCCCACAGCUGACCACCUUGCUCGACGCGAACUUCAUCAAGCAGCUGCAAGCACUCCUCCCUCAGCUGACCUCUUUCUUGGAUCCCAACCUCCCCAAGCAGCUGCUCACCACCCUCCCUCUGGUCAACUCCUUCCUUGACCCAACGUUUGUUAAGCAACUUCAAUCCCUCCUCCCGCUCCUGACCUCCCUUCUCGACCCGACGUUCAUGAAACAGUUUCAGAACCUCAUCCCACUCCUUACGUCCUCUUUCGAUCCUAAUAUUGUCAAGCAAGUCCAGACGUUGCUUCCGCUUCUGACUUCCUCGCUCGACUCUACCUUCAUCAAGAACCUCCAGUCCAUGGUGCCUCUGGUAUCUUCAUUCCUGGACCCGGGAUUUGUGGGAGCGACGCAAGCCGUUAUGCCGCAGAUUCAGACGCUGCUGAGUCCAACGUUCGUAAACCAGACGCAGGCCAUGGUUCCUCUUGUGAAUAAGGCGUUGCCUCUAUUCGGAAAGGCGCAGGGAAUUACGCUACCACUUUAAAGCACUGUUAUGAACGGCUCUGGCUGCAGGGAUGCGUAGAUCAUCAUUGUAUGGCGCUGGUCAUCUCAUGGUGCGCUUUGUCGCAGUGGAAGAUCUUAUCCGAUUCCAAAAAAUUGAUCCAAGAGAGCUUCCCAACCUGAAGUCAGGGCCUUGGGCGUCUCCGGCAUACAUCCUCAAAAUCAAGGUGUCCCCCAGACAGCGACUUGA